AUGGCAACCCUGGCAGCUGUGUUUGUGUGUGCUCUCUCUUCCCUGUUCUCCCUCACAGCUGCUCUCAAGCCCAGGUUUUUGGAGCCCAGAAUCUUUGGCGAUGAAGCCACAGGUUAUGGGCCAAUAUUUGAGGAGGAGCCUCUGGACCAGGUCUAUGCUGAGGACUCACCUGAGCCCAAAGUCUCCAUGAACUGCAGAGUGCGAGCAAACCCACCAGCUACUAUAAAAUGGUGGUUAAAUAAUUGGGAGAUCAAGCUGUUGGAACAGCCAGAUGAACACUACAGCUUGGUGGGUGGAAACCUUGUCAUCACUAACCCAGAUAAAAGCAAGCAUGCUGGGAAAUACGUGUGUGUGGCCAAGAACGUCUAUGGCACAGUCAUUAGUAAAGAAGCCACCCUCAAGUUUGGAUACCUGGAUCAGUUCCCUACAGAUGAGAGAGAAGCUGUGUAUGCCAAAGAGGGACAAGGAGCGGUCCUUCUGUGUGCCCCACCAUCACACUACCCAUAUGAGGUCACUUACCGAUGGAUAUACAAUGACUAUCCCAACUUUAUCACCCCAGACCAACGACGUUUUGUGUCCCAAACCACUGGCAACCUGUACAUUGCCAAAGUAGAGGCCUCUGAUGUGGGGAAUUACUCCUGCCUGGUGUAUAGCCCCACCAUUGCAAAGAGCGUCUUCAGCCCCCCCAUCCCUUUGGUGCCCCAGAUCGAGAGUGAGCAGGAAGUAAAGAGGUAUCCUGCAGACAUAAGAGUCAAAUUUCCCAAGACCUACGCUCUGGUUGGGCAGAACAUCACACUUGAGUGCUUUGCACUGGGAAACCCAAUCCCUCACAUCCGCUGGAGGAAACUGGAUGCCGACCUUCCUCCGAAUUACGAGGUCAGCAUGAACGGGGCCCUGCUUCACCUCAUUAAUGUACAGUAUGAAGAUGAAGGCAGUUAUGAGUGUGAGGCUCUCAACGUCCGUGGGAAGGACUGGUACAGACAGUGGCUGUAUGUGGAGGGUGCCCCAGAGUGGGCAGAGCACAUCAAUGACACAGAGAAGGAUGUUGGCAGUGAGCUUACUCUGUCAUGUGUUGCCGUGGGGAAGCCAUAUCCAUGGAUACGUUGGCUGAAGGAUGGCUACUCGUAUGGGAAAGGAGAGCUGAAGUUCUCCAGCCUUACAUAUGAUGAUUCUGGGAUGUACCAAUGUAUCGCUGAAAACAACUGGGGAACCAUCUAUGCCAACGCAGAACUACGUGUGGUUUCAUGUGCUCCAACAUUCGAGUACAACCCUGUGAAGAAAAAACUGCUGGGAGCUCAAAACGGACGUGUUGUGAUCGAGUGUAAACCACGAGCCGCACCAAAACCCAAAUUCAUCUGGACCAAAGGCUCUGAGCAGCUCACCAACUCCUCACGAAUCUUUAUCUGGGAUGAUGGAAGUCUGGAGAUCCUUAACGUCACUAACGGUGAUGAGGGUGUGUACACCUGCUUUGCUGAGAACAAUCGAGGAAAGGGAAACAGCAGUGGAACCCUCACCAUCACUGAGGCUACCCAGAUCACAGUGGCUCCGUCUGAUGUUGAAGUCUCAGUAGGUGAAAGUACUGUUCUUCAGUGUUCAGCCUCCUGUGACCCUAGACUGGACAUCACCUUCAUCUGGUCUGUAGACUCCUACAUCAUCAACUUUGCCACUGAUGGGGAACACUAUGAACAACUUCUGGGCCAUGAAUACAGUGGUGAUCUACUGAUAAAGAAUAUUCAGAUUAGACACGCUGGACGUUACUCCUGCACUGCCCAGACUAUUGUAGACAAUGUCACAGUAACAGCAGACCUCUUUGUUAAAGGCCUCCCAGGUCCUCCGGGUGGGGUUCGGGUGGAGGAGAUCAGGGACACGUCAGUGAAGCUGGUGUGGUCACUUGGCUCUGAUCAUGGCAGUCCGCUCACCCAGCAUGUAAUCCAGACACGGGAUUUUUAUGCUCUUGACCCGGAGGACUGGAAAAUUGCCACGACCUCUCCUGUGUUCCUGGGAGGCACUGCAGACAGUGCAGAGGUGACUAAUCUUUACCCCUGGAUGGAAUACCAGUUCCGUGUUUAUGCUAUCAACGAGUUUGGUGCAGGUGAAGCCAGUCUGCCCUCCAUCACAAUCAAGACCUGGGAUGCCAUCCCUACAAUGGCUCCCGCAGAUGUCGGAGGCUAUGUGGGUAUGAACAGGGAGCUGAUUGUUACCUGGACGCCCAUGCAACCACAGUACUUUUUUGGGCGGAAAUUUGGCUACAUGGUGGCAUUCAAGGCCCACGAGGACUUUGAGUGGAAGUGGGCGACGGUGGAUGAUACAGAGACUAGACGUUAUGUGUACAAAGAUGCCAUUCCAGGAGACACAGAGAUUCAAGUCAAAGUGAAGGCUUACAACAGCAAGGGGGAAGGACCCUACAGCCUCACCUCCACUAUCUACUCACCACUGGGUGUCCCUACAGAGGCGCCACUGGAUGUUUAUGCCAGGCAGGUCACCUCAACAGAGGCAUUGGUUUGGUGGGUUCCUGUCUUUCAGCAGCCUCCCCAGUGGGUAGAUGGUUACCAGGUACGCUACUGGCGUAAGUAUGACGACACGGAGGCUGCAGCUCAGCGGAUCCUGGUACACAGCUCAGUUAACAAGACCAGGCUGGAGAACAUGCGACCCGACUCACAUUACCUCAUUGAGGUGCGGGCCUUUAACGGAGCCGGACUCGGACCGCCCAGCGAACACUGCGAGAUGUUCACCAGACGACCACCUCCCUCUCGUCGCCUAAAGCUCUACAAGUAUGUCAGCUGGAAUCGCAAAUGGGUCUACUUGUACUGGGACCACAUUUAUAAUUACUGGAAUGAAUCUUACGUGGAGGGAUAUAAGGUCAUGUUCAGGCAGGAGGGAUACCUGACAGGAAAGCUCAUCACCACAGGCAGGCACUACAUUGAAUUCCCAAUGCCUGAGACAGGGGAUUAUAUCAUUGAGGUGCGAGCACGCUGUGAGGGAGGGGAUGGACCCAUAUCACAAGUCCGUAUUCAAGGGAGAGCCUCCCUGGGCACCCAGUCUCUCAGCUUCAUCACUCUGCUGCUGCUGGUACUGGGUCUGAUGAACCUGGAGAUAUAA